AUGUUGUUUAAGAUCUUGUUUACUGUUACUUUAAGUGCUAUAGUAGUCAAUGGUAUAAGUUUUGAUUCUUCCAAACAUUGUUCAUGUAGUCUACUAUCAGAAACUGAUUGCAUUAACUAAAAAUCAUGGUGUCAAUGGGAUCCUAAUGAUAAAGAAUGCAUUGAUAUAUAUGCUAUAUGUGAGAGUUACACAGAAGCCAUAACUUGCUAACCUAAGCUUGGAUGCUUUUGGAAUAUGAAUUAAGAAUGUGCAGAAUUUACAAGUUGUUCAGAAUAUACAGAUAAAUAAUGUCCAUUAGGACUUUGUAAGGUUAUUAAUGAGAAAUGUACAACCUUAUAAGUAGAGAAAUGUUCAUCAAAGACAACAAAAGAUGAAUGUAAUGAAAGUUAUGAUUCAAUGGAUUCCCAUUGUUAAUGGAGUAAGGGUUCUACUUGUAAUUCUUUACCAAACAUUCCAAGUUGUGGAGGUUUAGCAGAUUUUGAAGAUUAAUGUUUGGAAGUUGGUUGUUAUUUUGAGAAUGGAAAUUGUAGAGAAAAGAAAUGUUCUGACUUUACAUAAUCGGAUUGUUUAAUUACUUAUGUUAGUGGGAGUGGAAAUUAAUAUACUUAUUGUAGUUGGAAUAGUGAUACAAAGAAAUGUGUAGAAGGAAAUGAUGUUUCAAAAAUAGUUUAGAGUAUUUGCAACACAUUCACACUUCACAAUUAUAGAUGGUCAGAAGAUUAAAAAUUAUGUGUAGUAUGUGAUGAAUUGGAUGACAAUGAUCUUCCUAAUAGUUAUUCCAUAUAAUUAGGAAUAAUAUUAUUGACCAUUAUAUUACAUUGA